AUGAAGAGCUCCGCAGCCGCAGAAGGGGUUCAAACCAUGGAUGGAAAUCCACCUGUGUAUACCGCAACAGCGACAAGCGCCGUUCAAGUCAGCAUUGAUUCAAAUCCAUCAUGUCUCGCUCCAAAGCCGCGACCCCACUGACUUGUCGCUGCUGCAGUCCAAAGCUUUCACCCUCGAACUGAUCCACUGCGCGCCCAAAGGCCUCUCCGCCAGCGGCGCCGUCCUCACCGGUCGAGUCAUCAACACGCUCACCGACAUCGUCUCCAUCACCUCCACCACCACCCAUCGAGCCUUCACCGAUCUCUGCCUCUCCCGCGGAGAGAUCCGGUCAAAGACGCGCGACGUCUUCCCCGAAGCGGAAAAUGGAGAGGGAAAUCAUAUGGUCAUCCGUCUCCAGCUCGGGGAGAAGAGUAUCCUGGUGGACGAGGCGAGCUGGGCUGACGUGAGGAGUCUGGUGCUCGGUGAGGGGGAGGCCAGCCGGGACGUCUGUUUUAAGUGUUACUAUGCCAAAACUCCGGCGGGAUGGGAGAAGCGUGCGAGGAGAUUUCAACGGCCGGGGGGAAGUAAAAGGGAAAGGAAAUGUAUUGUGAUGUGA